GUUUGCCUUUAUGUUAAUAUAAGUAUUUAAACAUCACUGCAGCAUCAGUAUUCCAGUUUGCCUUUAAAAAAGGGCAUAUGUGUAUUGUGUAUUACAUGGUUGAUCCUAUACAAGUAUUAUUUUAAUAAGAAGAAUGGCUUCAUGAGUUGAAUGCUGGGGUUCAUGAUUACUAGUGAAUGUUAUUAUGCUAUUGGCACAAACCUCUUGGACACACCUGUAGUUCUGAUGACUAAUCCUAGAUAAUAAAUACUUGUUUGCUGUCUAAUUUGAAAAUGAUUUUCACAGAGCCACAAUGUUAAAGAGGAAGAGGAUCCAGCCUGCAGUGGAUGCAAUAUCGUGGGUUCUGUCUUAAAGGGAGAAGCAGUGUUUUAUAGAAAAAUAUAUUGAUAAUAAUAAAGAUGACCAACUUGCAGCCUCCUGCUGUGGCAGUAGAGACCCAGAUAUUAAAAGCUGAUCCGAGCUCCCAUGGAGAUUCAAAUACAGACAGUUCAAACUCACAGAUGACCAACUUGCAGCCUCCUGCUGUGGCAGUAGAGACCCAGAUAUUAAAAGCUGAUCCGAGCUCCCAUGGAGAUUCAAAUACAGACAGUUCAAACUCACAGAUGACCAACUUGCAGCCUCCUGCUGUGGCAGUAGAGACCCAGAUAUUAAAAGCUGAUCCGAGCUCCCAUGGAGAUUCAAAUACAGACAGUGCAAACUCACAGAUGACCAACUUGCAGCCUCCUGCUGUGGCAGUAGAGACCCAGAUAUUAAAAGCUGAUCCGAGCUCCCAUGGAGAUUCAAAUACAGACAGUGCAAACUCACAGAUGACCAACUUGCAGCCUCCUGCUGUGGCAGUAGAGACCCAGAUAUUAAAAGCUGAUCCGAGCUCCCAUGGAGAUUCAAAUACAGACAGUGCAAACUCACAGGUGACCAACUGGCAGCCUCCUGCUGUGGCAGUAGAGAUUGGAAAGCAAUCAAGUUUUUCAUAAAAAAUAGGAUCACUGCAAUGAAAAGUAAAAUGUAAUGAAAUGCCAUGUUGUUUGAGACAAUUUGCACUAACCUCACUCUUCAGGUUCCUACACACAGGUUAUUUAUUGUUUUUGAGUGUGUAUUUAAUAUUUUCGGGUGUGUUAUGUGGAAUGUGCCUGCCAUUAUGGGUUGGCCUGGGUCUAUACCCUAAGUAAAAAUAAUUAAAAACAAGCUCUUGCCAAGAGCAGCUUUCUUUUUUACACAAAACUUUGUUUUGUACAAUGUUUGUAUUUAAUAUUUUCUAGUUAUGUUAAAUGUACCUGCCAUAAUGGGUUGGUCUGAGUCUAUACCCUAAGUUUAAAAAAAAUGUUUUUGAGAGCAGCUUUUUGUCCACAAAACAUUGUUUUGUACAAUGUUUCUUGAAUAAAAGUCUCCAUGAUACAGA